CAAGGCUCUCAUAGAAACAUAGAAUUGCCCAGGUUGGAAAAGACCUUAAAGAUCAUCAAGACUCCAUUACUUCUAGGCACCCCAGGGCCCUCCAUCUCUAUGAGACCCCCAGCCGUUCUUCUGUUCCCUUCCUCAGACCCCUCAGAACACCCCCCCAACCCCAACCCCUUCUGUCCCCUGGGUGGCAGUGCUGAGCCUUUUCAGGGACGCGGCCCCUUUAAGGCCCCCGCCUCCCUGCUCGCACAUGCGCAUUGGCUCUCUUCCGCCGCUCGCGCAUGCGUAGCCGCAAAGCCGGCCUCAAGUCGGGAGGAUCGGGCCUUCCGCUAUCUGACGGAAGUGACGACAUGCAGCUUCCGGUCCAGCGCCUCCGACCCCCUUCCGCAGCCUCCAUCCCAGCAGUAGGGGGCCGGGCUGGGCCGCGGGGCCGGCGGGGGGAAGGGGGGGAGUAGAAAUGGAUUGCCAGGACAUCAAAGAGCUGCAAAAAGAAGUGAUGGAGGAGAUGGGAAUCUCCAUGGAGGAGCUGGAGGACAUCAUCAGCAAGGAGCUGGAGAAGUCUGAGUAUGUGAAGCAGAAGAAGCAGCAGCUGGAGGAGCUGGAGAUGUAUGUGAAACAGAAGGAAGAUGAGGUGGCUCACGUCGAUCGUCUCUUUGAUGAUGCUUGGAGAGACUUUCAUAAAUGUGAGAUGUUGGUAAAGGAUCUGUACUCCAAACUGGGCCUGGAGUACCGUGAGAGCAGCUCUGAGGAGGAGGACUUGGCUGCCAAACCCACAGAAGUGAUUGAGAUCCCAGAUGAUGACGAUGACGACAUCAUGAGUAUUGAUUCAGGGUGGAAGAACAGUGAUAGCAGUCCCAAGGUUGCCAAGGAUCAGACUCUGUUGAGGGAAGCCAUGGCAGCAAUGAGAAGGUCAGCCCAGGAUGUUCAGAAAUUUAUGGAUGCUGUGCACAGAAGAACAAAUGCCCAGGAUGCACUGAAAGAUGCACAAACCCCACAGCAAGCUCCUGGUGCUCUCCAGUCUACUGGACCUGCUGUGGGGGUGGGUGAUCUCAGCAAUGAUGGUGAUCUGAAGGUUGGCAUGAGGAUCCUGGGCAAGAAGAGAACCAAAACGUGGCACAAAGGAACUCUGAUUGCCAUCCAGACGGUCGGUGCUGGUAAGAAGUACAAAGUGAAAUUUGACAAUAAGGGGAAGAGUUUGCUUUCUGGUAAUCACAUUGCUUACGACUAUCACCCCUCCCCGGACAAACACUACGUUGGGAGCAGAGUUGUGGCAAAAUACAAAGAUGGGGAUCAGGUUUGGCUGUAUGCUGGCAUAGUGGCUGAAACACCAAAUGUGAAGAAUAAAGACAGGUUCUUGAUCUUCUUUGAUGAUGGCUACGCUUCGUAUGUCAAGGAGUGGGAGCUGUAUCCAGUCUGCAGGCCACUUAAGAAGACAUGGGAGGACAUAGAGGACGUGUCAUGCCGGGACUUCAUCGAGGAGUACAUCAGUGCUUACCCCAACCGCCCCAUGGUGCUGCUGAAGAAUGGCCAGCUGAUCAAAACCGAAUGGGAGGGGACCUGGUGGAAAUCCAGGGUGGAAGAAGUAGACAGCAGUCUGGUCAAAAUCCUCUUCCUGGAAGCUCUUGCUGUAGAUGCUGUGAGUGUUGCAUUCUCCUUGCUGCAGGAUGACAAACGCUGUGAGUGGAUUUACCGGGGAUCCACGCGCCUCGAGCCCAUGUUCAGCAUGAAAACCUCCACUGCCUCCACCCAGGAAAAGAAGCAGAGUGGACAGGCAAGGACUCGUCCCAAUGUUGGCGCCGUGCGGAGCAAAGGCCCCGUAGUCCAGUAUACACAAGAUCUGACUGGAGCUGGAACCCAGUACAAACCCCUGGAGCAGAUGCAAGCAGCCUCUCUGGCAGCACAGCCCGUUUCUCCACAGCCCUCUGAGAUGGAGUGCUCUGAUAGUCUGCUGGCCCAGUCGAGGAAGCAGGUAGCCAAGAAGAGCACAUCAUUCCGGCCUGGCUCGGGACAGUCGUCGCCUUCACCACCUGUGCUGAGUGAUGCACCAGGAAGGGCAGCUGCAGCCCAGCAGCAUCGCAGCUUCCCCAGCGGGCCAGCAGGCUCAGCUCAGCCCUUCCAUGGCAUGUUGGACCGGGUGCCCAACGAGCCGUCGUACCGCGCGCCGCUGGAGAAGCUCUUCUACCUCCCCCACGUCUGCAGCUACGCCUGCCUGUCCCGAGUGCGACCCAUCCGCAGCGAUCAGUACCGUAGCAAGAACCCCCUGCUCAUCCCUCUGCUCUACGACUUCAGGAGGAUGACAGCUCGUCGCAGGGUGAACCGUAAGAUGGGUUUCCAUGUCAUCUACAAAACGCCUUGCGGGCUCUGCCUGCGCAGCAUGGCCGAAAUCGAGCGCUACCUCUUCGAGACCGACUGCGAUUUCCUCUUUUUGGAGAUGUUCUGCCUGGAUCCUUACGUUUUGGUGGAUCGUAAAUUCCAGCCUUACAAACCCUACUAUUACAUCGCUGAUAUCACUAAGGGUCGUGAGGACGUGCCUCUGUCCUGUGUCAAUGAGAUCGACAGCACGCCGCCGCCGCAGGUGGCUUACAGCAAGGAGCGCAUCCCUGGCAAGGGGGUCUUCAUCAACACGGGCUGGGAAUUCCUCGUGGGCUGCGACUGCAGGGAUGGCUGCAGGGACAAAUCUAAGUGUGCCUGUCACCAGCUGACGGUCCAAGCAACCGGCUGCACCCCGGGAGGGCAGAUCAACCCCAACUCGGGGUACCAGUACAAGAGGCUGGAGGAGUGCCUCCCAACUGGGGUUUACGAGUGUAACAAGAGGUGUAAAUGCAACGUCAACAUGUGCACCAACCGCCUGGUCCAGCACGGGCUGCAGGUCAGGCUGCAGCUGUUCAAGACUCAGAACAAGGGCUGGGGCAUCCGCUGCCUUGAUGACAUUGCCAAGGGCUCCUUCGUCUGCAUCUAUGCAGGGAAAAUCCUCACGGAUGACUUCGCCGACAAAGAGGGCUUGGAGAUGGGGGAUGAAUACUUUGCAAACCUGGAUCACAUCGAGAGCGUGGAGAACUUCAAGGAGGGCUACGAGAGCGACGCCAAGUGCUCGUCUGACAGCAGCGGGGUGGACCUGAAGGAUGAUGAGGAGGACAACACGGGCACGGAGGAGCAGGAGGAGUCCAACGAGGACAGUUCUGAUGACAACUUCUGCAAGGAUGAGGGCUUCAAUGCCAGCUCGGUGUGGCGCAGCUACGCCACGAGGCGACAAACCCGCGGCCAGAAGGAAAACGGGCUCUCAGAAACAGCCUCCAAGGAUUCGGGGCUCACACCGCAGGUCGGCCAAGAUGAGGCUGCAGCAGCUGCUUCCUGCAAGCUGCCCGUUUCUGAGGAGACCUCCAAGAACAAAGUGGCCUCGUGGCUCAGCUCCAACAGCGUGUCUGACAGCUUCCAGGACAAUGACAGCACCUCGUCCUUCAAGAUGAGCGAAGGAGGGGAGGCCAAAGGCUGCAGGGUUGAUCCUGCCCCAGGGGGAGCGGAGGGAGAGGCAAAGGCACCAAGGAAGGAUGAACCUGAAGACUCAAGCAAAGUCCCCGGGCUCAGCGACCUGGGCAGGCUGUAUGGCUACAACCCCAGCCCCCCCAAACUGGAAGGGCUGCGCAGACCCACCAGCAAAACAGCUCUGCUGCAGAGCAGGCGGCACUCGGGGCCCCUGCAGCCCCCCGCCGAGGACGUGCUGACCCUGUCCAGCAGCACAGACAGCGAUGGAGACAACGGGCCCAAGGUGGAGGGGCAGCCCCAGGGUGCUGCCAACGACAGUGAUGACAUCCAGACCAUCUCAUCGGGCUCUGAGGAGGAGGAAGGGGAUGAGAAGAAGAAUCCCUCUGGUUCAGGGCCCAUGAAGAGGCAGGUGGCAGUGAAAUCCACACGGGGGUUUGCCCUGAAAUCCACCCACGGCAUCGCCAUCAAAUCCACCAACAUGGCAGCAGCUGAGAAGGGCGACAGCGCUCCGGUCUGCAGGACAACACGGCAGUUCUAUGAUGGAGAGGAGUCCUGCUAUAUCAUUGAUGCCAAACUGGAAGGGAACCUGGGCCGCUACCUCAACCACAGCUGCAGUCCCAACCUCUUCGUGCAGAACGUUUUCGUGGACACGCACGACCUGCGCUUCCCGUGGGUCGCCUUCUUUGCCAGCAAGAGGAUCCGGGCUGGCACAGAACUGACCUGGGAUUACAACUACGAGGUGGGCAGCGUGGAGGGCAAAGAGCUGCUGUGCUGCUGCGGGGCCAUUGAGUGCAGAGGGAGGCUGCUCUGAGCCUGGAGCCCCCAUCUAUUGAACUGUGAGCUGCUGGAGGGGGCACAACGGCAGCUGGGGGGGCUGCAUCCCCCACCCUCACCUGAGCCUGUGCUGUUUGGGGGGGGCUCUGACCCCACAGAGCCCUCCCUGCUGUUGCUGUUGUGUUAAAUGGGGCUGUGGGUCGCUGUUGCUGCCAUUUUGUUGGACUGGGGGUCUCCUGGAGCUGGGGGAGGGGGGGGAGGUAGGGGGUGAUAAUAAACAUCAGUUAUGGGGCUGAGAGAGGAAGCAGCCACCCCUCAUUAUGAGAUGUAAAGAAUUCUUGUUGUUACAAAGCAAUAAAAUGGGGUUUUCUACACCCAACAUUCA